GAUAAACCAACUUCCGGUCUUUCUCCCAAAGCACUUUCCCUACUUGCUGUGCUCUUGCAGAGACGCGCGCGUCGGGGUUUAACGCGUUUCUGGGCCGCCGUAAGCCCGGCCUAGGGGCAGCUUUGACUCGAGAGCCGGCUACAGGCGCAUGGAAGGUUCCCUGGAACGGGAGGCGCCCCCGGCGGCGCUGGCCGCCGUGCUAAAGCACAGCUCGACGUUGCCGCCCGAAAGCACCCAGGUCCGGGGCUACGACUUCAACCGCGGUGUGAAUUACCGCGCACUGCUGGAGGCCUUCGGCACCACCGGCUUCCAGGCAACCAACUUCGGGCGCGCUGUACAGCAAGUCAAUGCCAUGAUCGAGAAGAAGCUGGAACCGCUGUCACAGGAUGAAGACCAGCACGCGGACCUGACCCAGAGCCGCCGCCCACUUACCAGCUGCACCAUUUUCCUGGGAUAUACAUCCAACCUCAUCAGUUCAGGCAUCCGUGAGACCAUUCGCUACCUUGUGCAGCACAACAUGGUGGACGUAUUGGUGACCACAGCUGGCGGCGUGGAGGAAGACCUCAUCAAGUGCCUGGCGCCCACAUACUUGGGCGAGUUUAGCCUCAGGGGGAAGGAGCUCCGGGAGAACGGGAUCAAUAGGAUCGGAAACCUGCUGGUGCCCAAUGACAAUUACUGCAAGUUUGAGGACUGGCUGAUGCCCAUUCUGGACCAGAUGGUGAUGGAGCAGAACACAGAGGGUGUAAAGUGGACGCCUUCUAAGAUGAUCGCCCGGCUGGGCAAGGAGAUCAACAACCCAGAGUCCGUGUAUUACUGGGCCCAGAAGAACCACAUCCCUGUGUUUAGUCCCGCACUUACAGACGGCUCGCUGGGCGACAUGAUCUUCUUCCAUUCCUACAAGAACCCGGGCCUGGUCCUGGACAUCGUUGAGGACCUGAGGCUCAUCAACACACAGGCCAUCUUUGCCAAGUGCACUGGGAUGAUCAUUCUGGGCGGGGGCGUGGUCAAGCACCACAUUGCCAAUGCCAACCUCAUGCGGAACGGGGCCGACUACGCUGUUUACAUCAACACAGCCCAGGAGUUUGAUGGCUCUGACUCAGGUGCCCGACCAGACGAGGCUGUCUCCUGGGGCAAGAUCCGGGUGGAUGCACAGCCCGUCAAGGUCUAUGCUGACGCCUCCCUGGUCUUCCCCCUGCUUGUGGCUGAAACCUUUGCCCAGAAGAUGGAUGCCUUCAUGCAUGAGAAGAACGAGGACUGAGCGGCUGCGGUCCCAGGAAGGUCUUACCCCCUCUUCUAUUUAUUAAUUUGCAGACCCAGCCCCUCCCCUACUUUUUGGUCAGCUACGUCUCUAGAAUAAGAUGGUAUCUGAAGUC